AGUACCUUCGUCGCCUGUCAGUACUACCUAUAGACCCAUAUUGGGUUACCGGACAAGUCAUUGAGUCGGUGCAUCGUGCCAGCCAGUCUCCAUCAAAAUGGGACACCUAGUCACUCUGGCAACAUGCUCCCUUAACCAGUGGGCUCUCGAUUUUGAGGGCAACGCAGCGAGGAUCAUUGAGAGCAUUCGCAAAGCAAAAGCGGCUGGUGCUUCCUUGCGAGUCGGGCCUGAGCUUGAAAUCACUGGAUAUGGAGUAUUGGAUGGAUUCCUCGAAGGUGAUACGUUCUUGCACUCUUGGGAAAUGCUCGCUCGUAUCAUCGACCACCCCGAUUGCCAGGAUAUUGUGGUCGAUGUGGGAAUGCCCGUUCGCCAUCGGAACGUGCGAUAUAAUUGCCGGGUCAUUUUCUUCAACCGGAAGAUCAUCCUUAUCCGCCCCAAGAUGUGGCUCGCCAAUGAUGGAAAUUAUAGAGAGAUGAGACACUUCACUCCGUGGCAACGACCGCAAGAAGUAGAGGAUUAUUAUCUGGAGCAGAUUGUUGGAAAGAUUACUGGCCAGUACAAGGUUCCGUUCGGCGAUGCUGUCAUCAGCACCAGAGAUACUUGCUUGGGUCUGGAGACUUGCGAGGAGCUUUUCACUCCGAAUGGUCCGCACAUUCCCUAUUCUCUAGCUGGCGUGGAGAUCAUCUCGAACUCGUCAGGAAGUCACCAUGAAUUGAGAAAGCUGGACACCCGUAUCAAUCUUAUCACCCAGGCGACGAAGCUGAGUGGUGGUAUCUAUCUUUAUGCCAACCAGCAGGGGUGCGACGGCGAUAGGUUGUACUAUGAUGGCUGCGCGAUGAUCAUCGUCAAUGGAAAUCUCGUGGCUCAAGGUUCUCAGUUCUCUCUCAAUGACGUGGAGGUUGUCACAGCUACUAUUGAUAUCGAAGAGGUGCGGACAUAUCGCUCGAGCACCAGUCGCAACAUGCAAGCCAGCAAACAGCCUCCCUUCGUUCGCCUUGACUUAGACACAAGACUCUCCCGCAGCGACGAAGAAGCCGAGCCUAGUCUCGCUCCGUCUGAGACCAUCCUGCCUCGGUACCAUGCUCCUGAAGAAGAGGUCGCCUUGGGACCUGCAUGCUGGCUUUGGGACUACCUCCGAAGAUGCGGGGCUGUGGGAUACUUCCUUCCACUUAGUGGUGGGAUUGACAGCUGCGCCACCGCUGUGAUUGUCCACUCAAUGUGCAGGGAGGUAGUCAAGGCUGUCCAAGAAGGAAAUGAACAAGUUAUCGCCGAUGUGCGCAAGCUCUGCGCCGAGCCCGAGGGCUCCGACUGGCUUCCCAGCACAAGCCAAGAAGUCUGCAAUCGCAUCUUCCACACAAGUUACAUGGGCACGCAGAACUCCAGCAAGGAGACCAGGGACCGAUCGAAAGCACUUGCAACGGACAUUGGCUCAUACCACAUCGACUUCAAUUUCGAUACAGUCGUGACCGCACUGACGAAUAUGUUCACUGUUGUCACCAACUUUCAGCCUCGCUUCAAGGUCCACGGUGGGGGCAAGGCUGAAAAUGCAGCGUUGCAGAACGUACAGGCCCGCCUGAGGAUGGUCUUUGCUUAUCUUUUCGCGUCCUUGCUCCCGACUGUUCGACAGCGUCCCAAUGGUGGUGGAUUGCUCGUUUUAGCCGCGUCUAAUGUUGAUGACAGCCUCCGCGGAUACUUGACCAAAUACGACGCCAGUAGCGCAGAUCUCAACCCCAUCGGCUCCAUCAGUAAAGUCGACCUGAAGAAAUUCAUCGCCUGGGCACGCGACUCCUUCGAACUUCCCAUCCUUCACGAGUUCCUAGACGCAACCCCAACCGCCGAACUCGAACCCAUCACAUCGACCUACGUCCAGUCUGACGAGGCCGACAUGGGCGUCACAUAUGCAGAGCUCUCGACAUUCGGCUACCUCCGCAAGGUCGCCAAGCUCGGCCCAUGGUCGAUGUACGAGCGAUUGCUGCACGUUUGGGGCAACGACUACAGCCCUCGCGAGAUCUACGAGAAGACGCGCCACUUUUUCUACAAUUACGCCCUUAACCGCCACAAGAUGACCGUGAUUACGCCCAGUUAUCACGCGGAACAGUACUCUCCCGACGACAACAGGCACGAUCUGAGACAGUUCCUCUACCCAUCCUUCUCGUGGGCCUACAAGAAAAUGGAAGACAGCGUCAGGUACUGGGAGUCAAAGGGGUGGACAGUCGGAAAGGCGCAGAAGAAGAGCGUCAAGGCUGAUUGAAGUUUAGGAGUAAUGUAGGAGAGCUGAGUAGAGGUGGAUAUCCUAUCCGUUUAAGACCUGGAUACGUAUACGUGAUUAUGUACGGAGUACUAGGAAUGUAAUGUAUCAUUCUUGUGAUUGA